UAUAUGAACUCCGCUUCACUUGUGUUUUUUUCUAAUUUUACUGUCAUUAUAGUGAUAAUUUAGUGCAUAUUUUGUAUGCAACAGUUAUUUUGACUCAUAAUUGUGUUUUAUUAUGAACCUAUAUAUCGUAAAGAAGGACAUAAGUGAUUAUAUUUUCUAAAAUCAAUAACAAUCAGGGCUCAACAAAGGUACGCUUAUGUUUGCUUUUGUGACCAAGAUGAAUUAUGACGCAGAAAGGGCUAUGAACCAAAAGCGGCUACGGAUGGAGGGUGAGCCUGGGCACGGCGUCGUUCAAGGGAAUGGAUUGCCGCUUAAUUACAUAGAUAAUGGGCAUCAGAUUCCAUACCAGCCGUACGCCGGUGCCUACAACACGCACUAUCCUCCGCCGGAUGCGUUUGCUGCCUACGGGCCGCCACCGCCGGGGGGCUACGCUCCCCAAAACCUCUCGUACGCUCCGCCCGCCCAUCAAAACUACGCCCAUCAUCAGACGUUUCCUCAACAACCGUCACAGGCGCAGCUACAUAUGGCACAAACACAUAUGGUUCAAGGGUAUGGAGAUGUUGUGCAUAAACCAGCAUGGCCUCCGCAACCCCACCUGCUACCGUUAGAUAAGCCCCUUGAUAUCAAACAACUCAAGCCAGAGAUUAAAGUGGAACCCACUGAUCCACAGAAGAGGCAGCAUCCAGAGAACGAGAUGAUGGUGGGUGAUUUAGAUCAACCGAAAAUCAAAAUUAAAACGGAUAUUUUCAAACCCGACGACCUACACAGACCUGGUAUGGAGAAACCCCAUGAUCUAUGUCAGCCAGUUAGAAUCGAAGCUGAUAAAGCGCACGUAUUUCCGGAGGCUGGUAAAGCGGAAGGCGUCCUAGAAGUGGGAAAGGAAAUGGUACGACCUGUGGAACUGCCCGGAGCACCUUCUGAGAAAAGUGAAGACGACAGGAAGCCUUUCAGUAGUCCGGAGGCGGCGAAACCUGGACUCACUCCCGGGAAAAUAACGACUCCCGGAUUAGAGCCGAAAAAGCGCGGUCGUCCGAAAGGUUCGACAAACAAGCCGAAGCCCCCGGGCGCUAGGCCUCCGGGGCCGCGGGGCGCCGCCCCAGUCCCUAGAGCCCCGGCGCCCAGACCACGCCUACCCUCCUACCAGUACGCUGUCAGGCCAUUCAGAAAGGACUUCUCAGGGAUACAGUUCAGGAGGCGAUGGAGCGACGAUUGCCUGGAUUCAUCCCACAUUCCCAACGAGGUUUACUUCGGCGACGUUCCGGUGCCGCUGUCGGUGCUGUACAACUAUUACGACGCUAACGCGGAGAGGGAGAGGCUGGCGAGUCAGGCUGCUCACAUCGCUGCUCAGAAGGCUGCAGCAGCAAAAUUAGCGGCAGCGAAGAUGCAGGCCAGAGGUGUUGUUUCUGGAGAGGUGACAACAGUGGAUUCUUCAUCAUCAGAUGAUGAAUCUGGUUCAUCAGGCAGCGGCUCCGAGGACAGUGAUGAUGAUAUGCCACUAAAGCGUGGUCCUGGACGGCCUAAGGGCUCCAAGAACGCGUCACCACGAGCCCCCGGUAGCGGAAGUGGCCGCCGAGGUAGGCCGCCAGUCCCGCCGGAACUCCGCCAGCCGGGUAUCACGGAUAUGAAGAAGUUCUGCAAAGCGGCCGGUAUUAGAUUCGACUAUAAGAAACUCGUUGAAGGAUGCACAAAGAACAAGGAGCGUGUGGCUAAGAUGCUGGAUCUGCUCAUAGCUGCCGGUCUGGAAGGGAAGCCGACGUUGGAGAAAUGUAAAGCGUUGAAACAAGCCAAGCUGGACAAGAGGGAGCAAGAGAAACUGGCUAGGAAAGAGGCUCGCGCUAAACACAAAGAUGACGACGAGGUGGAGAGUGAGUCUUCAGCUCGUCGCAUGACACGUGGUGCGACGGGUGUUAAGCCUAGGCAGCGUAUAGUGAUAUCAUCGGACGAGGAGGAUGGAACACCGGCUGCUAGGCGUACACUGUCCAAACUGAGGGAGAGGGUCGACGAUGACUCCGACUCAGACUAGGUGUCAUGGGUGUGAGCCUGGUAAUUUCGAACGGACAAUAACUAUGCCAGUAACGUUCAUAGCGUAGAACGGACUCGAAACCUCUAGAAAGUGCUUCGACGGAGGUAACACUAGCGUUAGCAGGCGUGCUCGCUUGAUUUCCUACUAAUUUUAGGUCGGUGCGUCGAAAUUUUUUUUAUCAUAUAUAGAUGUAGUCGAAGGCCAGGAUAGACUCCCCUACUUAGGUUCCGUACCAGAAAAUGCACAUAUUUAUUGGCGUCAAAAAAAAAAUUGUUUUAUAAAUAGUAACAGUAAGAUAUAAUUAUAAUUAAAAAUUUAAAAUAUUAAUUUGCUAUGGAAAUUUUAUUAUUUUAAUAUCUCGGAGAUAUAGAGAUAAUUUUCUUAAAAAUAUAUAUAUAUAUAUGUAUAAUAAACACGUCGUACGAGAAGUAUGCAUUUAAUGAUUCGCUUUUCUAUAUCCGGCAGCUUUUUUUCUAUUUGGUUCAUAUAUACAUACAUACAUAUAUAUAUAUAUAUGAAAAUCAUUUAAAUCAAUAGUCAAAUAUCGAGUAUAAACUAAGCAGUAAGCAUUAUUAUAAAUAUAUUAUUGAUAAAUUAUGAGCUGAUUUUUUAUAUUAUAUAACGUGUCCCUUAAGUGAUAAAUUUAUAUAUAUAUAUAUAACUAUAUAUAACUAUAUAUUUUAAAUGUAACCGCGUCGAAUGGUAAUUGAAUUGUAGGACUAAACCCCUCGCUCGUUUUAUAUAUAGUUGUAGUGAAUGAAAGCUUCUAACAACGGCAUAACGUUCAUUUGUGCCUAUAAUACAAUAAUUAUGGAAAUAAAUGUAAUGCUAAGUGUGUGUAUUUCAUUUAAUAGCAGAAUAUAUGUUGUAAUAAAUUUUUUUUUUUUUUCGGUUUAUAUAAGAAUCGAUGAAAAAAAAAUAAAAAUUAAAUAAUAAUAAUAAUUAUACAGUAGUUCUUAUGGAUUAUUCUUAGUGUAUCAAUGAAACGGUGACACCAAGAUGUUUUGAUAGUGAUUUAACUAGCCAUUGUACAUAUGAUACGUUUUAAUGAUAGGUAAACAAUGUGUGUCCCUUAUUUUUGUACAGGCUCGUGAGAUUGGUACAGCUUUGUAAAUAACAGCCGUUGGUGAUUGAUGGCAAACUAAACAUAUGUUAUUCGAGUGUCGAGCGUUUGCAGGAUUAUAUUAUUAUUUUUUCGAAUUAUUAUUAUAUUUAAUGUAACUAAUUGCGUUACAUUCAAAAUUCGAACAGUAUGUAACGGAAAGAAUAUUAUUUUUUUUUUUUCCAUGUAAUAAUUUUAUUAUAUUAUAGAUAUGUUUUAAUGCGAUACAAAUGUUAUUUUUGUUGUAGAUUAAAAAAGAAAUAGAUGAUUAUAUUGUGAACGGGAAUGUAAUUGUUCCAUUUGUAAUAAUCGAUUGAUGUGUAACAAUCGAGAUAAAUUAUCGAUUUUUUUUUUCGGAUUUAUGCGUCGCUAAAAGACAUAAUUUCCAUGUUGAUAUGUAAUUUUUUUUUUUAAAUACAUGUAUACAUAUUUUUCGAAUCGCAAAAAAAAAAAAUCAUACUUAAAAAAUAUAUAUAUUCUAUUUAAAUUACGGCAACAAGAUAUUAUGCAAUAAUUUAGCGUAUAUUGUAUGGUGUUAGUAACGGACAAUCACAAUAUCAUAAAAUAUAUGAGAAAAUUAAAAAAAUUGUACAUAAUAGAUAAAAUAGUUUAAGUUACAUGUAUUUGUAUGAUAUUUAGAUGUGUUUGUUUUACCAUACGACGACCACUUUAACUCGGACCCAUUUUUUUUCGGAGUUUAUGUAUAACAAUCCGGUGCCUUUUUAUAGUGGUCGCAUUUAUAUUAGUCAUCUAUAUAUUUUAAAAUAUGAUAUUAGUUUUAAGGAAAGAUGCUAUUCAAUGAUUGUGUUUUCAUUUUUAUUUAAUCGCUUGUAAUAUAUUUUUAUACCCGGGCGGAAUGUGCGAGUGAUUUUAUUGAUGGGAUAUAAGAUUAAAAAAAAAAAUCACUAGGACUUAGUAUGUUGCCGACAUUAAGCUAUGUAAGGGUAGAAUUACGUGUAGUUUAUUAGUAGAAAUACAACAUGCUUUUACAAACAGAAGACAUUUCGGGGCAUUUGUUUUAUAUACAUUAUAUAAAUACAUUAGUUUUUUUUUUUAUUUAUUUAUUUUGUUUUUUUUUUUCAGAGACUCAUAGGGGUUUUAUUUUCAAUGCAAAUGGUAUAUAUUAUCUGUGGUCAGAAUCCUUAACAUAGUCUAUGGUGUUUACUUAUUUUUUUUUAAGUCUUUCAUAUAUUUAUCCGAUCCAUUGGUGAUAUUAUAUAUUUUUUCACUAUAACUCCAUUAUAUUCACAUUGUUCUCUUUACUAACAACUUUCUUUAUUUUUUUACAUCAUUUUCUUUUUAUUAAGUUUGUAAUCAAAAGUGAUGUGUGUGAAUGGAAACUUCUGGAAGUAGUGUCGCAAUUUGAUUAGUUAAUCAAAAGUAUUUUUAAAAUAAAAAUAAUUAUUAUACAA